GACGGGGCGAGGCGGCGAACCCGGCGUGGCCCUCCAAUCUAUCAUCGCUAUGGGAAUUACCACAGUGUUCUUCCUGAACCAAGCCCUCAUCCCGUAUUAUCUGAAACCGGUCCACCUGGAGACACAGACUAUAAAGCACAGCAGUUGAGGCUGUGGCUGCAUCAGCUUCUGUCCUCCACUGAGCUACUGAGGAGGAGGAGGAUGAGAAACAUCUAGAGAUGAGAAGUGUUUGUCUCGCAGACAACUUGGUCAAGGACGUCUGCUCGACCCGCAUCUGAGUCUGCAAUUUCUAGAUCGGGACGAUGCUUCCCGCGUGUGUGUCCGCAGCGCUCUUAUGUACAGUGGUGGUGUCAGCCCGGGUUUUGUCCACAACCAACCCUGCUGGCCAGUCCCUCCUCUCUCCCCGCCGUUAUCAGUACACUGAUCCAGACCUGGGCACCCAGCUGGUCUGUGACAAGUGCCCAGCAGGCACCUAUGUGUCUGUUCACUGCUCUCCAACAGCUGUGAGGGAGUGCAGCCCCUGCCCAGAAGGUACCUUCACCAGGGGCGAGAAUGGGGUUGAGCAAUGCCAUCGCUGUCAGGCCCCGUGUACUGCAGGCUUUAUUGAGAAAAUACCCUGUACAUCCACCCAGGACCGCGUUUGCACCUGUCCUCCAAACAGUUACUUGUCUGGGGAUGGUGGCACACAAUGUAAGCCCCACUCGCUGUGCCCUCCUGGGACGAGGGUGAAAACGCGGGGCACUGACACAAAGGAUGUGGGCUGUAAGCCAUGCAACAAAGGGACUUUCUCAGAUGUGGAGUCAAGCGCGCUGAAGUGCCGAUGUCACACAGAUUGCCAAGCUCAGGGGCUGGUGUUGCUCACACCUGGAACUAAGGAGACAGAUAAUAUCUGUGGACCUUCCUCUGCUGCCUCCAUCUCCCCUUCAUCAUCAUCUCACUCAACAAUGGCAGCACAGGCUGUGCUAGUACAGGAACCAACACCUUCAUCGCCUCCAUCAUUGGCAUUGUCUGGACAUGGACAGAAAGGUAUGUAUAGACAGUCAGCAGCCAUUCAGCUGAAGAGAAACCUAGAGGACAAAGUCUACCAAUAUGAUGGUGUGUUUCUGAGCCAUGACCCAACGUCCACUUUAUCGAAUCAUGAUCACCCACGGACUUCGCCAUCCCCAGCUCCUAAGCAAUUGAUGGACCUUGAGCAACAGCACAAGCAACAAAAUUUGGACCCUAUACCAGGCUCCAACAAGAGAGUGAUGGAGGGGUUGGAGGGUACUGAGACAGUCAGGGUUGGGAUGGGAAUGGGCAAAGUAGCUGGACAGGGGAGUGGGAGUGGAAUCUCCAGCUACUACAGGCCCACUCGAAGAGGGUCCCCAAGGCCCAGCACCCAUAAUCACUUUGACAUCAACGAGCACCUCCCCUGGAUGAUCGUGCUGCUACUCCUGUUGGUGCUGGUGGUGAUCGUUGUAUGCAGUGUAAAGAGGAGCUCCCGGGUACUGAAAAAGGGCCCAAUGCAAGACCCCAGCAGCAUCAUGGAGAAGGCGAUUCAGAAGAAACCGGCUGCUCCCCCAGCCCAGGUCAAAGAGAAGUGGAUCUACUACACAAAUGGACAGGGGGUGGAUAUCCUGAAGCUGGUGGCAGCCCAGGUGGGUACCCAGUGGAUUGACAUCUAUCAAUUACUGGCCAAUGCUACGGAGCGUGAAGUGGCUGCCUUCUCCAAUGGCUAUUCAUCUGAUCAUGAGCGUGCAUACGCCGCCCUGCAGCACUGGACCAUCCGGGACAGCGACGCCAACCUGGCCAAGCUAAUAAAUGCCUUGCACCGUCAGCGGCGCAUUGAUGUGGUGGAGAAGAUCCGCUAUGUCAUGGAGGAUAAUCCACAGUUUGACAUCAACCAGCUGAUGACCACAGUGAAUGUAAGCCAAAGCCUCAGUCCCAUCCACAAGCCACUUGAGUCACCCAGCAGUGUCGGGAGCAGCAGCAACAGCGGUGGCAGUGUGGGUGGGUCCAGCAGUGCAGGCAUGGAGCAGUCACCGGUGGACCGCACCAAAGGCUUUUUUCCAGAUGAAUCAGAGCCCCUGCUUCGCUGCGACUCCACCUCCAGCAAAGACUCUGCCCUCAGCAGGAAUGGUUCCUUCAUUACCAAAGAGAAGAAAGACACUGUACUAAGACAAGUGCGCCUGGACCCAUGCGACCUGCAGCCCAUCUUCGACGACAUGCUUCACAUUCUAAACCCAGAAGAGCUGCACAUCAUCGAGGAGAUCCCAGCUGCCGAAGACAAGCUAGACCAGCUUUUUGAGAUAGCAGGUGUCAAGAGUCAGGAGGCCAGCCAGACCCUGCUGGACUCCGUCUACAGUCACCUCCCUGACCUGUUGUAGAGGAGAAUGCCAGCAAAUGGGAAUGGGCAUGUUACUCCAAAGUAGGUCAAAGCGGGAGGAAUGAGUCAGACUGGACAGUAGAAUUAAACUGGGAAUUCUGCAGUUGAUAUUGGAUCUGGUAUUGUAGAGUGUCUGACUCAUGUUACAUCACUUGUGCUAGAUGUUGAUACAUUGGUGAUCUACUUCCUCCAGUGACUCAUUUUUUACCUGUACUUUACUCCUGUUUGACCUUAAAUCUCCUCUUUCUGUGGUCUCGUGUGCACACAGUAUUACUCCUUGAAAACACCGCCAUCCUCAUCAUGAUACAGGUCCUUCGUAUAAUCUCUACAUUCUGUGUGUUCUGAAGAGGAGCACUUGUAGCAUCCAAUAAUGUGCUAAUUUUCUGAAAAGGUAAGAAACGUAAACACUUAAGCACUUAAACAUUUCAAUAGUUGUUACAAAUGUGCCUCCAUAGUGUUUGGGUUGGAGUCUGUGCUGUGUUGGAAGUCGUCUGUUGACAUUACUAAGCUAAUGCUUGUCAUUUUUGCGUUUGCAGAAGAACAGAAGUGGGAAACUCAAAUUUGUUCAAAUGUUCAUUGUCGUUUUAAGGGGAAAAAGUCAUUAGCCCCCCCCCCCAAAAAAAAAUAAACAAAAAAAUAAACAAAACAAAAAAAAACAAUGAUGUUCAAACUUCACAAAUAAUGCAAUAAAAUGACCUUUUACAUAAUAUUUUGCUAGUAUUAUAUUGACAGUAAAUAUAAAAAUGCUUGAAGCACUAACAUUUGAGACUGAUUUUAUGUUUGGAAACUCUAAACUCUAGACUUUUAUGAGGAAUUUUAAUUUUGCAACUGAUGACUGCGAUGAAAAUAUGUAAAACCACAGUCUCUAUAAAUGGGAAAUUAGAUAUUAUGCUAUAGAAUUGAAUUAUGCUUAAAAGUAUCUUUACUGCAAUUAUAGACAAGUUACUAUAUUACAGGAUUUUGCUAUUAGUCAUUUUUGAGUCAGUUCAAGCUGUGUAAGAAGUUUGUGUUGGAACUACGCCAUUUCUUAGCUAACCACUGUUUCUGUUACCUACACUGUCAGAAUAUAUUUGUUUUCAGGCAUUUUUUAUUCUUAUUCAUACACAUCAGUAAUCACCUUUGAUCAGGUGGAGUGAUUACAUACUGAGUCCCAGUUAUACUUUAUCUAUCAAAGAAUAACUACCAUUGUCACAAUCAUUUCCCGAGACGAGAAAAAAAAUACUUUAUUCCAGUUUCAUGGGCAGUUUCAUGACAACAACCUGCAACACUGAUUACUAUGUAAAGGAUGUGGUUGUUCUUUCAUGUAAAAAUCCUGGUGUUGGCCCCCGAGGUCUUAAGUUUCCUUUUUCCUUUCCCCUGUGUUCUCAACAGUGUUGGCUAACGUCAACAAACGACCAGCUCCUAGCACAAACAUCUUUCAUAUUGAACCAUGCAUUCCAUUGUUUCUGAUUGCACUAAUGUCUGCUUUUUGUCUGGUCUAAGUAUAAUAUGUAAAUUUUUAAGCUAACAGAAGGUAGAUGUAGGAGAAAUGAGACACUGAGGCACUUUGAAGUGGACUGUUAGCUAAGAAACGGAAUUAGCCAUGUCCACAAACAAACAGUUAACAGUAUUAAACAGACUCCAACGCAAACUUCAUGUAAGAAUAUAAGCAUGUGGAAUCUUAAGUUUUGAACCUGCAAGUCCAAACUGCAGGCGUUGCUACAUUUUCAGGAAAUUUUUACAUUGUUGGAUGCUGAAGCACUUUUUCCACCUACACCAAGUAUGUUCAGCCUUGUUUAAGGUGAUAUUACUGGAGUAUUGUGACAAUGUGAGGAUUCAGCCUCCAUUUUAAUCCCUUUAGCCAAAUCAGAUCAAAAAAAGCUGCACUGAGGAGCAGCUAAAUAUCUGUUGUCUUUCUUUGUCUUUCAUCUUGAAUGGGCGAUACUGGUGUCUUUUGUUGUUUGUGCCAAUUCAAUGUUUUAAGAAGUCCAGUUGCAACUAAGAGACUGCAAGAAAUAAAACUAUUCACAGACAACAUGAUAUAAGCUAGAAUUUAAAAUGACACCGGUAUUGUUUGGACUGUUAAGUCAUGUGCCUAAACUUGACAAGCUACCCUGUUCUCAUCCUGUAACACCCCACCACCACCACCAUCAUGUCCUCCAGCUGCCUGGACCUGGAGUGGACCAACUCUCUGGGUUUUAACAUUUUACGAUGUAAGCUCUGUUUCAAACCAGCAGGGGGCAGCAUAAGAAUAGAGGGGCAACCUGCUGCUCUGGAACCAAAGCCAUGUAUCUCAACUAUUUGGUUAAAUAUGAAAAUAAUCCGAUAUUAAAGAACUGAAGUUAUAUUUACCUAAUUUCAUAUUCUGAUAUAUGGCUUUGUCUUGAACUCUUUGCUUUUGGACAAAGGCUCCAAAGCUAACAAUUGACUAAUCAGGAGGGGUGUGAUGUUGACUGCCUCAGCCUGUUCUUCUGGAACCAAAGCCAUAUCUAAAACAAUUUAGAUACAUUGCUUUGGAAAUCACUGUUUUGAGUCACACAUAGU